AUGAAAUACCUCUUAUUGUACGACAAAUUAUCCAAAACACCUUUAAACAAAACAAAAAUAUCUAUCUAUCUAUCUAUCUAUCUAUCUAUCUAUAUCUAUCUAUCUAUCAUUGGUAUAUCCAUCAAUCUAUCUCAGUCUGUUCAUAUCUAUCUAUCUAUCUAUCUAUCUCUCUCUCUAUAUAUAUAUAUGGAUAUCUUUGAACUUUUUUACUAUUUUUAUACGCUCUUCAAGACACCGUCUGCUGUGAUAACGUCUAUUUUUUUAAUUUUUUUUUUUUUUGCUUUCUUUUUUUCUUGUAAAAAAAAGUUCGUAGGAUUUUGCGUCUUUCUUUGGAUUGCAAAGAAAGACGCAAAAAAAAUGCAUUUUCUUCAUAUCUAUCAAUCUAUCUAUUCCAUUUUCAUCUAUUUAUCUAUCGCCAAAUUUUCAUUAACUGUCUUUUUUUAUUUUCUUCAUAUCUAUCUAUCUAUCUAUUCCAUUUUCAUCUAUCUAUCUAUCGCCAAAUUUUCAUUAACUGUCUUUUUUUUUUAUUUUCUUCAUAUCUAUCUAUCUAUCUAUCUAUUCCAUUUUCAUCUAUCUAUCUAUCGCCAAAUUUUCAUUAACUGUAUUUUUUUUAUUUUCUUCAUAUCUAUCUAUCUAUCUAUUCCAUUUUCAUCUAUCUAUCUAUCGCCAAAUUUUCAUUAA